AGCCCAGGGGAAGUAGCUGACACACUGCCCUCUCACACAGACGACCAUGGCUCCCUGCUCAACAGACUUCUCUUUGCCCCACCGGAGAUUUGCGGAAAAAGACAUUAAGAUAAGGAAACCCAUUGUUGAGAAGAUGCGCCGGGAUCGCAUCAAUGGCUGCAUCGAGCAGCUAAAGCUUAUCCUGGAGAAAGAGUUCCACAAACACGACCCCAACACUAAGCUGGAGAAAGCCGACAUCCUGGAGAUGACUGUGAGCUUCCUGAGGCAGCAGCUGCGGCCGGCUCCAUCUCAGAGGGACUACAACCAGGGUUACUCACAGUGCUGGACAGAGUCUCUGCAGUUCCUGUCAGAAAGCCCCAAAAGAGACACCACCUCCAGGCCUUUUCAGGGUCUCCCCUCCCAGUUCCAGAGAUCCUGUAGUAGCCCAAUGGUCCGCUCCACCUCCCCAGUCUCCUCCACCGCUGUGCUCCAGGACACAAGAGCAAAAGGCUCAGUUUGGAGGCCCUGGUAGACAGAUACUGGACUGGAGUCACUGUGAACUGUGAGAGAAACACUGGACUGGAUGUAGGAAAUAUGCAUUUCCAAACUGCUCGACCACUGAGGUUGGCCUGAGCUCAUCACAUUGAUGGAUAGAUAUUUGUGGCACGUUUGUGGCAUUUUUUUUUAUUGAGGGUAGUCACUUUUCUGUGAAGGUUUCUUUCUCUUGCUUGUUUUAUCACAUUCGUUUUUCGUUUACAGUGAAGAAUUUAGCUAAUUAUUCAGUUAUGAUCUUUUAUUGUGAAAUGUCAAUUUAUUGUGAAAGGUUUUCUAACUCCAGUGGAGUACACCGGUUAUACUAUAUGUAACAGUAUCUACAAUAGGCUACUGCAUGUUCUGACAGCAAUUCUUUGAGGAUAUUUCUCUAUGGUUAUGAAUUGCUAUAUUACAGUAUGUUACAGAUGUUAUGGUAUGGCUGUAUCUUUUAUAAAGGGACUGGUGGGUGUGUAUGCUUAGAAAUAACACUGUGAAUGGUUUCAUUUGUUAUAUUGCAUUUAAAGAAGCUCUUAAAACAAAUGUUUUACAUUUGUAUGCCAAUAAAAAUACAAUCAUUUUU